AUGCGCAGGAUACUCUGGUUUGCCAAGACGAAGUUCAGGAACAAGUUGACUCUCUCACUGGAGACGCCCUCUAAAAGCUUUGCAGAACGGACAUUCAAGGAUAUUUGCGCAGAGUACAAUCUUUCAGAAGCUUCCGAUCCUGGAAUCGGUGUGAUUCUGCCAUUUACUGACUUGGAAGCGGCUCCACUGGACUCGGAUUUUCAGAGGACGAUACGCGGUCACCUCAUCAACGAAGUCGAAUCAAGGGUGCAGGUACUAAAGCUGUUUGGAGCAAAUGAGGCAUCAAAGUCAAUGAUAGUGGCAUCGUUUAUAGUAGCAGCGACAAGGUUAUUCGACCAAGAACUAUAUCUUGCAUCUCAAAGGAACCUGAGUGGACGCCGAGGUAACGGACCAGUGGACUCUUCAGUACAUUCACGGAAAACUCAUGCGUAUACCCUUGGAGUGACGGAGGUGAAGAAAGACGGUUUCCGACGAGGGGUGGCGCAGAACAUUGUACAGCUGGAAUCGGCGUUGACAGAAAAGAAGCGGAAGCGAGGGCAGUAUGAAGUAGAAGGAGAAGAGGAGCCUCCUAGAAAAAUAAGGUCGUAUGGAAUUGUCACCGACGUCAGUGAAUGGGCAGUGAUUGAGUGCACGAUCCAUGAAGCUGAAGCAGUGUCUUACAGGAUGACCAAGCUUCCAGAAACGUUAGUCUUUGCUGGCAACUGGAAACAGGAUGCGUCGACUAUUUUUCAGAAGCUUGUGUGUCUUUGGCCACGAAUGCGGGAUAAAAUACUCGAGCGUGAGAGCCAUUGUAAGAAGAUGAGCUCCUCUCCAAGCAUGAAAAGGACAUCAUGA